CAGCCCACUGUGAGAGAGACUGACGUGCCACGCAAAUCUUCAGGAGACCCAUCCUCCUAGCCUCACACCAUCAUUCCCCAUCUCCUCGCCGCCGGCGCCGGCGCCGCCGCCUGCGCCAUGCUCCGCCGCCGCAGCUGCAUCGUCACCCACCUCCUCUCCUCUCGCACCGCCUCCCCACUCCUCUCUCUCCAGCGCCUCCUCUCCACCGCCGCCGCGCCCGCCGUUUCCCCAAACCCUAGCUUCGCCGUCGAGGACUACCUCGUCUCCACCUGCGGGCUGACCCGAGCCAAGGCGCUCAAGGCCUCCGCGAAGCUCUCCCACCUCAAGUCCCCCGCCAAGCCCGACGCCGUCCUCGCCUUCCUCGCCGGCCUCGGCCUCUCCGGCGCCGACGUCGCCGCGGUCGUCGCCAAAGACCCGCUCUUCCUCUGCGCCGGCGUGGAGGGAAACCUGGGCCCCGCCGUCGCGGGGCUCACCGGCCUCGGCCUCUCGCGCUCUGAGGUCGCGCGCCUCGUCUCGCUCUCCCCCGACCGAUUCCGCCGCAAGAACGUCGUCCCCAAGGCGCACUACUACCUGUCCCUCUUAGGGUCCUCCGAGGACCUCCUCUUGGCGGCCAGGCGCGGCUUGUUCCUUUUCUCGGUCGACCUCGACAUUGUGGUGAAGCCCAAUGUCGCGGCGCUGCGGGAGUGCGGGCUAGGUGCUCGUGAUAUUGCCAAGCUGCUCAUCCAAAUGCCGAGGAUCGUCACGGCCAGCCCAGAGCGCGUCCUGGCAAUGGUUGCGUGUGCCGAAGGCAUAGGCGUGCCCCGUGGCUCCGGGAUGUUCAGGCACGCGCUGCAGUCUGUCGCAUGCUUCAGCGAGGAGAAGAUUGCCGCCAAAGUGGAACAGUUAAAGAAGACAUUGCGGUGGUCGGAUGCCGAUGUCGGCAUUGCUCUGUGCAAGUGGCCCACUGUGCUGAGGUGGUCCAAGGACAUGCUGCAGCGCAAGUCCGAGUUCCUCAUCUCUAAGGUGGGGUUGGAACCGGCGUACAUUGCUCACCGGCCCGUAAUGCUCAGUCUUAGCCUCGAGGGCCGGCUCAAGCCUCGGUACUAUGUUAUGAGGUUUCUUCAGGAAAAUGGAUUGCUAAGUCAUGGCAGAGACUACUAUGCUAUGGUCUUGGUCGGCGAGAAGGUAUUUGUGGAGAGGUUCAUACGCCCCCACAAGCAAGCUGCGCCACUCAUUGCUGAAGACUAUGCAGCCGCUUGCAUAGGGGAGGUGCCUGCUAGAUUCAGAUUUACGUGAACCAAGAACAGGCUAUGAAAAAUUGGUAGCUGCGUGUGCAACAACUGAAUUUCCACUCGUCGCAUUAAGCUGGUAAUUCAUGAUUAGGUGUUCAUUUCAUUGUCGUUUUUUGUUUUAUCAUAUGCCAGUUGGUUAGUACUGAAAUUGCAGUUCACCAUUCAGUGUUUUGAUUAUGCUUAGAAAAUAUAUUUCUAUUCGAUGUAUGUUUAUUUUAUGCCACCAUCAGCGGGGUGGAACCGGCAUACACAGCUCAUCAGCGGGUAAUGCACCAUUACAGCCUAGAGGGCCCGCUCCGAUGCUGAUUCUGUGUUGUAAAUUUCUUAAGGCCGCCUCACCCUGCUGAAUAAUAGUGAGGGAGAAAGUAUUUGUUGAUAGCCUUACAAGAAGGCCGCCUCACCCUGCUGAAUUCUAUGCUGCCGCUUGCAGAAGUAAUUGUGCACUAGAUUCAGAUUUGCCUGAUAAAAGGAAUAGUAUAUUAAAUUUCAAAAGUAAUCACUGAGUUAUUUUUCUCCCGACUAAAAGUUUGAUUUCUUAACAUGGUGGCAUACUGUUGGAAUAUUGGUAUUCAUUAUAGAAAGUAAGGGAUGUUGAUAUCUUGGUUAUUACUUCCGUAGCUUGGCCUGCCUUUGUGUUUGAGCCCUCUAGCACAAACGGAAGCUGUCGAAUGAAUUAGAGCAGUUCUCAACUAUCGAUUCAUCUGUUGUCCUGUCAAAAAAUCAAUUUAACAAGUGAAUAUAUUGUGCAUAGUUUAUACUUGUUGUCUUAAUAGGUUGCCAUCAAAGAUCAGACCAUAGUGGUGAGAAUAACUGGCCUCCCUAUGUGGCAGAAGACUAUGAGUAGCAGAGGUUGGUUUUGUUGGUGACGGUCCUAAUUGUUACCAGGUAAAAGCGAGUUGUAAUAUUCUGCACAUCACUUAUACUUCCAUUUUGUUUGUUUACCUCAUUGGGUUUGGUUGGUGUGCUUUAUGCUUUUAUUUGGAUUGUGUAUCUACUGUAUGUUAGGCGGCGUUGUGGUGUCGACUAUGGAGAGUGACAAAAUGCUUUACUGCUGAGGACUGUUUCCGACUUAAAUGUUUGUAAUUGGUGGCUGCUUCAGUACUACAGUAGAACCCUGUAGUUGAUAUGUUGAAUUGUAGACAUAUGUACUAGUUUGAUCAUAUGGUGAUCACAGUAAUGCACAUGCAUUAUGCUAUUAUUAUAAUCGAUCCCACCAAAACAAAAUGUUGUCUGUAGAGAAUUUGGUGUCCCACUUCUCGGCUAAAUGAUAGAAAAUGCUGCUCGUUAUGUGGUUGUUCUAAGUAAUCUCAGUUAGACAAUGAUAUUCUUAAAUUUUUUAACUCAUUGUUGUGAACGAUUUCACUAUUUAAUCUAAUAUAUCUGAUUAUGCUUCUACGCUAGAUACUCCAAUUUUACAGCCCCGUGCAUAGUUUUGUUGGCUGGGAAUAGUUUUCAUGUAUUCCACAUAACACAGUCCUAGUUUUAUGUUCAUGCUACCUCUGCAAUGUCAUGUUGUGCAUGGCCGUAUGAAUAAUAGUUUCUGUUACCACUAAUUUGCUUCAAGUAUCUUAGAUGCCAUCUGCACAUUAUAUUCAGACAGGCUCUUUAAGUAUUUCCCCCCCUUCUGGUAUCCAAUGUGUAUUAUCUUACGUGAUCAGACACGCUAAUAUAUACACCCUUUAUAAGUAUUGUUUAUUCAGAGCUAACGGUAUCUCUGUGCUUUUUGUACACGUGUCAGCUAAUGCCUUGAUCGAAUUGGUUUUUUAACUUCAAACUGUAUUGAAGGUCCUGGUGGCCUAUUGUCAAAUGAAUUUCAGAUAGCCUUCAUUCGAAAUAUGCUGCAUGGUGAUGGGAGGGUUGCUGGUUCGUGACAAUUUUCUUUGUCAGAUAGUGGUGUUAACAGAGCCUGCUGAUAGUUGACCGACAACAAUUCAGUGAAGGCUGAUGGCCAAGCAUCAUGUACGGUAGAUCGGACAGGGCGAGGCCGGCUAAGGUCAUUCGCGCCACCAGUGUUGUUCCUCAUUGGAAGCCUGCGGUAUCCUCUGGAAUCGUGAGGCGGACGUCGGUCGCCUAUGCUGCUCCCGCGGCGGUUUGGUUGUCAGCUCUCUUGGCGAUCAGUGUGGCCGCUGGCGACCACUCACGGCGCAUUCGGCUUAGCUCCUUGUUCUCUCUCGUGUAGUGCUGUGUCCUUCAUGGAAGACGGAAAUACAUUUCUUUUCCUCUGUGUCAUUCUUGUGCUGCCUAUUGCCUGUUUUGUAGUAGUAAAUGAAUAUUCCAACUUGAAAGAUAUUAUUUUUCGUCAUGAA